GGCCGCCCCGCCCCCGGGCAUGGCAGCGCGGCGAUGGCGGGACCCAACGCGGAGCCGCCCGCGCCGCUGGGCCCCCCGGGGCGGGACGGCGAGGACGGGGCCGGGGCCGGGGCCGGGGCCGGGGAUGGGGCCGAGGCCGGGGACGGCUUCGGGGAGGAAGAAUAUGCAGCAAUAAACUCCAUGCUGGACCAGAUCAACUCCUGCUUGGAUCACCUGGAGGAGAAGAAUGAUUAUCUACAUGCCUGCUUGAAGGAACUGCUGGAGUCCAACCGCCAGACCCGCCUGGAGUUCCAGCAGCAGAGCGAGCAGCAGAACAUGGAAGCUGACGGGCAGGGAUCACAGCCUCCUGUCUAGUGGGCUGGCCCCACACUUUCCAUUGCUAAGGACAUUUACUGGUCACUGGUUUAACAUAAAAGUUGAAUAGAUGAGGUA